CGGCUCCCAAACUUCGCCUGCCCACGUGUUGCUAGCGGAGAGCCGAGGGGCGCCGCUUCUUGACCAGCUGCCGGUGCCGCAGGGUGGCUGGAGGGGCCGCUCCGCUGCCCGCUCGGCGCUGAAGAUCAAAGGAGAUGCUGGGAGCUGCUGCCAGUUCGCAGCGCCUGGGCAGGGGAGCGGCCGGCGGGUGGUGACUCCGCAGCCAGACUGGAUCCUACCGCUGCGGCCCCCCGCGCUCAGCCUGGGACCUCCUGCCCCGGCCCCGCCAGCCGGCUGAUUUGCACCCUCAGAGAGAAGCUGCCCCCUCGCCGCCCAGGAUGCAGUUUCGCCUCUUCUCCUUUGCCUUGCUCGUCCUGAACUGUAUGGAUUACAGCCACUGCCAAGCCAGCCGCUGGAGACGCAGCAAGAGAGCUAGCUAUGGACCAAAUCCAAUUUGCAAAGGUUGUUUGUCUUGCUCAAAGGAUAACGGUUGCAUCAGAUGCCAGCAUAAAUUGUUUUUCUUUCUUCGACGAGAAGGAAUGAGGCAAUAUGGAGAAUGCUUGCAUUCCUGCCCAUCAGGGUACUAUGGACUCCGAGCGCCAGAUAUGAACAGAUGUUCAAGAUGCAGAAUAGAAAACUGCGACUCUUGCUUUAGCAGAGACUUUUGCACCAAAUGCAAAGCUGGCUUUUACUUACACAGAGGCCGUUGUUUUGGAGAAUGCCCGGAUGGAUUUGCAUCCUUAGAGGAAAUGAUGGAAUGUGUGGAAGGCUGUGAAGUGAGUCCCUGGAGUGAAUGGGGAACUUGCAGCAGAAAUAACAAAACCUGUGGAUUUAAAUGGGGUUUGGAAACAAGAACAAGGCAAAUUGUGAAAAAGCCGGCAAAGGACACAAUACCUUGCCCAACCAUUGCAGAGUCCAGAAGAUGUAAAAUGGCUGUGAGGCACUGUCCAGGAGGAAGGAGGACAGCAAAAACAAAGGACAAGAGAAAGAAGAAAAAGAAUUUAAUGGAAAGGGCUCAGAAGCAGCACAGCAUCUUCCUAGCUACAGACAGAGCUAGCCAGUAAAGACAUUUUUAUUUGUUAUAUAUAUAUAUAUUUUUUUUUCUUUUUUGCAAAGUGCACAAAAGCUGCUAUAUGCUUCUGCAUACAGAUGCACUGCAAUUCAGCUGCUUUGACAGUAUUGGUUGCAAAUAACUUGUGAAAAAUGUCCACAAGUUUGUUCGUUUUAUUUAUACUUUUUAUUUUUUGAACCUGAAGACUCCAAAGGCCGGAGUGCACCGAGUUGAAUCAGUGGAAGUGGCGCUGAAGUGUGUCAAAGACCUUGCAUUCAGUGCCUGGGAAAUGGAAAUGGUCAAUGUGUUAACAUAAAAGUGCAACAGGAAAGAAGGCUGCAAAUCACCAUUAGAUAAUGGACUUGAGCAUAUUUAUAUAAAAGAGGAGGUCUGGGUGGUGUACGUACUCUUGCAUUUAUGGCCUUUGUUUCUCAUAUUUGUACAUUUCAAGAGUAAAUGUAUAUGAAUAUCUGCUUAGUGUUAAUGUGCAUUAUUCUCUGCACCAUUCUCUGAACCCACUGCAUUGAAUCAGUUGUAUAAUAAAAUUUCUUUAAGAAGAUAUACCACAGGAGUUACUGCUUAGUGUUCUAGGAGCACAAUAGUCCUCGUGUGUACAUAUUAUGCUGUCUGUGUAUAAAUAAACUUAUUUACUGUUCAUUUGUGCUUUCAUUCUUAUGUGUAACAAAUUAUGGAUGUUUAAAGUUAUGUCACUUUGGUUCCAGUAAUUCCUAAACAUAGUCCAGUAAACACUUUUUACUAUGUUUUGAAUGUUUUUACAGUUUAUCAUUAAUUUUAAGGAAGACAGAUUGGUUUCUCAUUUGUCAAGGCACUUUCACAUAGCUAAACUAGCUUGUAUUGGCCUCAGAACACAGUGUCAGGUUUGGAAUAUACAUGCCUAAUUCUUUCAGUAAAACUCAAGUCUCUCAGUUACAAUGUAACCUUACCUUGAGCCUGAGCUGAAAUGUUGGUGUUGCUUCUCACAGAAAGAAAUCUGACAUCUAAGGCCUGGUCUACACAGGGUGGGGG